UGACACUUCCGGGUACAGUCUAAUCAGGGAGUCGGGCUGCACAGCUGGGUUGAUCUUUAAUGAGCUGAUCUGUAGAGGUUCAGGACGUCUCCAGGUAAACAACACUCGAUCAUCUCAACUCAGACUGUGAAGAGGCAGCAUGGCGACCACCAUCAGCACCCAGCGGGGACAGGUGUAUAUUGGGGAACUUCCCCAGGACUUCCUGCGGAUCGCUCCCACCCAGCAGCAGCAGCAGGUUCAUCUGGAUGCUCAGGCAGCCAGGCAGCUGCAGUAUGGAGGCUCACUAGGCACUGUCGGCCGACUCAGCAUCACAGUGGUCCAGGCCAAGCUGGCCAAAAACUAUGGCAUGACCCGCAUGGAUCCCUACUGUAGGAUCCGACUAGGCUACGCAGUCUACGAGACCCCAACCGCUCACAACGGAGCCAAGAACCCACGCUGGAACAAGGUGAUCCAGUGUACCAUACCUCCUGGGGUGGACUCCUUCUACCUGGAGAUCUUUGAUGAGAGAGCAUUCUCCAUGGAUGACAGGAUAGCAUGGACACAUGUCACUAUCCCUGAAGGCUUGAGGGAGGGCAGUGUGGUGGAUGAGUGGUUUAGCCUCAGUGGCAGGCAGGGCGACGACAAGGAGGGCAUGAUCAACCUGGUGAUGUCCUUUGCUUCCUUACCAGCAGGGAUGAUGACUCAGCCUGUGGUCCUGAUGCCUUCUGUGUAUCAACAAGGAGUAGGAUAUGUGCCCAUUGCAGGAGUGCCUGCAGUCUAUAACCAGGGCAUGGUGCCCAUGGCAGUGCCAGCAACCAUGCCAGCUGUUGGUGGCCAGGGGCCAGUGUGCAGCGAGGAAGACCUGAAGGCUCUACAGGACAUGUUCCCCAACCUGGACAAGGAGGUGGUCCGUACUGUGCUGGAUGCACAGCAGGGCAACAAGGACGCUGCUAUCAACUCUCUGCUGCAGAUGGCUGAGGAGCUCUAACUGCAGAAUACUAGCUCACAGCGGACAUGCCAACAUACACACAUUUAUGCAUGCACACAGACAUAUACAAACAGUCUUAAAUGAUGGAGAGACUGUCCAAACUCAGCAUAAAUACAUACACACACGUACAUACAUAUAGAGUCCUCCCAUAGUGUGACUAAUAGCUCACACUCUGCAGCCAUAUCAAAGUUCCCACCAGCUCCACCAACUGGUAGCCACAAAGAUCUAUUUCCUGUCCCUAUCUUGUUAUAUGAAGCCUUGGCUGCCACUGCUAACACACAGCUGUCUGUCACCACUGACACUGGAUCCUCCAAGCAUUGCAACACGUGUGUUGACCUUUGUUUUAUGAAGUCGAAGCUUUAAGGUGAUAUCACUGGCAGAUGUAUUCUUUAAGUCACAGUAGAGACUAUUUGAGAUAGGUAUUUGGUUGUAGUGUGCCUUGAUGGGGAUUGUAAGUCUUACUAGCCCAAAUCAUUUUGUUCAUCUUGAUUGUUUCAGUGUCAUAAUCUUUUAACCUAGUCUGUAUUCUUCCCUUGAUUUGUGUUGAUUUGCACUGUUUGAGCUAUAGAGUUAUGAUCAAUGUACACAGCAGACCAGACAACAGGCUUCAGCACACACUCUCCAUCCUCUCAUUAUGAUGAUGUUGUUGAUAGUGUGUGGAGAGCCUGUUUGUAGUAACCUCCAGUGAUCUGCUUCUGUUUCUCAUGUCACUAGAAAAUGUUUAGUGCAUUCAAAAUCAGUCAGGUCAUAAUGAAGUAUUAGAUUGUAUAGAAUUAUAUAUGGUGAUUAGAGGCAGGGAAUGGAGACGACCUGAGGGAUUGUAUGUAAAUGGCCACACGGCCAGGAGAGUUUUAGAAGAAGUGACAAAGUUACUUUACAAAGUUUUGAUGUAACCAAUUUUCAAUUGGAGAAGAAUGAAAAGAGUUGAUAUUAUGAAGUAAUAUCCUGUGGAGUCACAUUUUUAUGUAACUGGACCUUUGAUAAAGACACGUGAUCGGAAUGAAGUUGUUGCUUCAUCUAAAUGUUCUACACAGUACAUAGGUCAACUAGAAAAGUAACUUAGCUCCAUUUGUAAGGAGCUAAAUCUCCACAGCCGUUUUCAGUAAUACUUCUUACCCCCUCAGCCGUGGGGCCUAAGAUGACAGUGACCAAACUUUUAAAACCACAUUUAGAUUGCAGCUGAAUUAAUAAUUAAUCAUUUUGAAAAAUUAAGAAAAGAAAAAACAGUUGUUCAAAGCCUGAUUUGUUUAACUGUACACUAAAUAAUCACUACAAUGUAAUACAUAAAUAAAUAAAGCUGAUUUCAUGUCCAUCACUGGAUUGCCCAGUAUAAUAGUGCAAUAUCAACAUCCAGAUGGUGUUUGAUGCCAGAUACAAUCUACAUGACACAUCAGUGUUUUACUUUGUUUCAUGUAUGAAAUCUGGCACAGCUUGUAUAAUAUAUUAAUGAAUUCUAUAUUUGUGUUUCUUUAUAUUAAUUGUUUCAUUUCACAUUCACUGACACAGACCUGUCAACCAAUCACUGUGGACAUAGUGAUUAAGUUCAUUGAUGAUAAGUCAAAUUAGAUCCUUUGUUAAUACGACCCCAGGCUUCCAUGAAAUGUGCUGUGCAUGUUGAUAGUCGUCAGACACUGACUCUUAAUGUUUAUGCUGGACUGUGCUCGAUGUCACAAACAGGCCUACAAUUUUUAUCAAAAAUAUUCAACACAUCACAUUACUCCAACAGCUUCCACUCCAUGGGCGUAAUUCAUAUGUCAAAGUGUAGACCGUUUUGGCCUUUCAUCCAAUGUUACUUCCAUUAAAAUAAGAGUCACGCUUUUAUAAUAAAUUGCCCAAAAACACAGAAAGUACUAACAGUCCUACUGACCCCAAUGUUAUCUGAGCUCUGACUGUCCUUGUCAAAAACAGAGAUGAUGGUGAUACAUAUUUUAUCUCCAGUGAAGUCUAGUUGCUCACACUGACUUUUUCAAUGUGACUUUUAGUUUUUGAGUUAUAAGAGGUUGUUCAGUGACUCAUUUUGGCUUAGGGACACUGAAUAUGAAUGUGAGUGCUUAUCUUGUUGUGCACUGUCACUGUAGCAACCUGUGACUCAGUCUCUGGGCAGAAACUGACUCACAUGUCUGUGUUAUACACACACACACACACACAGACUGUCAUUUCCAAUAUUCAAAAUAAAAGCCCAUGAUGGUAAUUUUAUCAUAACAGGAAAGUCAUUAUGAGCUGGGCUUUUCGAAAAAGUCCCUGUAUUUAAACAGGGAACUCAGAACAAGCCCCAUAGAUUAACUUUACCAAAACAGGAAGCUCAGAAUGAGACUUGUUUUUUAUCCAAAAUAAAAGUGCCCAAUGGUCACUGUAUGUUAACAGGAAAUGAGAAACAUAGUUUUUCAGAAUACAUUUCCACUCCACUUAUUCAUACUCAAUUUAAACCUUAAAAUGUUUCAUCUUUCAUACAUGUUUUAUUCAACUUUUAACUCCCAUUCAUACUUAAAAAAAAAAAAAAAAAAAUCAAUACAGCUGGUUGAGAUGUCCUAAUGACCCAACCAUUUCCCUCUUUUCCAAAUUAUUCAUACUCCUUCGGCUGCUUUCUUAAUCAAAAUUAAAGCCUGCAAUCCAAAUCAGCGUCAGCCUUUCAACAGCAAGUAUUCACACUGCUGUUUAUAGGUUAAAAGAUGUAUAAUAAUUGUGGCUGAUCACUUGUGAUUCCAAAACUAUUGCUGUUUGAAUCAUUUUAUUCAGUGUUAUAUGUCUUUGUCUAGGUCUUAAACUUAUUUCCCUUUUUGUUUUGGUUUUGUGACUUCAUUGUGACUGCUUCUGCCAUUUCCAAUGUUAGCUAGAGCUCAAUCUGUGCGCUCCAACAUGUCACACUAUCAUCAAUAUAUUUGUGAAACAAACUGAGUCUUUAGUUUUUUUUGGUUUUCUGCUCUGUUCCUGUGCUAAUGUUGCAGAUGAUAAAAAAUGUUGCUCUUU